UUACACUUUAAAUUGGCAUAGAAACUCGAAAGGAGAGCGUGCAUCAUCAAAGCAGAUUGGUGUCGUUGCUAAGUCUCUUCGUUUCGCUGCUUCAAAAUUUCUAAGCUUGCGUGCAGAAAACACACCAAUCAAACCAAACGCUGCUGUUACUGCUGCCACGACGUCGUUUUCUGUAUUCCAUCUGACUAAUGGGAUUCUUCAAAAAGGUAGCUGGAUUGUUAGGGUUUUCGAAGGACGAACCCCAUGACCACGAUCCCAGGCACGAUGCCGACGCCGAACCCGAUGCUCAACCUCGUGCUACACCGCUUCGCGUCCAGGAAACUGGGCUUCCGAGAAGGGGCUUUAGCGUUCCCGCCCAAGUCGUCGUCGAUCGCCCCCAACCUGGUCCCGUUAUCACGCCUUGUACCUCCGGCAACGGCGGAGUUCAGGGUCUAAAGUGGUAUGCAAAGCGUCUUAGGAUAGAUGAAGAUGGAGAUGUAGCAGACGAAUUCAUUGAGGAGAUUUCUUCGGAGUCAUCAGCACCUGCAGUAGAUCAUUAUCAAAUGGAGCCAAGGUUUAAGCUGAAGUACAAUACUAAACUGGUCAAAGUGAGAAAACAGAUCAUGUCAGAUGAGAGGAAACUUCAGCAUUGUGUGGAACACCAGGGCAGAUUGUUGUUGGUAUAAAAUAUCCUUACAUGAAACCGGUCUAGAAAUUGAUUCUUUGGACUUUCUGUACGGUGGGGGAAGUUGCACAAGAAAGGGUCUAAAAACUAGUGUUUUAAAUGAGCUUUACUUGAUGGUUCCUUUUUGCUCUUUGGAUAUAUCUUAAGUUAUGAAUAUGCCUGGGAAAUGCUUGUGGGGAUUCAAUGUAAAAUUUAAGAAAGUCCGAGUGAGUCACCCUACAAAUUAAGCUUCUGAAUCUUCUCUCUAGUAUUAUACACAGCUUUUGUGUCGAGUUUCUGCAUUUUUUGGUACAAACAUUGAAUAAUGUAAUGUAGAAGGGUAUUUGAUUGAACAGGACCAUGUUUGAGGAGAGUUAUGGAGCUCUUAACUUCCAAGCUCCAAGUAGUUUUCCAAUGAAGCUCCUUCCGAGUUGCGAGGAAUGGCAGUGUUCUGUAAUUAUUGAAAUGUUGCACGUUUGAUUCUGCUAACCAAAAAGCCGAUCUGUUCUUUGUC